UUGCAGUACCCCGGUUAGACCGAGAACGGCGCCGUACACCCAGCGUUGAGAGAGGACACGUUCAAACUGCUGAGACUGGCUGCUGAGACUGGAGACCACGGAUCUUUGUGCCGAAACUAACAACACAACCUUUGCCAGACUCAUGAAUUAAAACCGCUCGUUCGUGAGAGGCCAGUAGAGGACUGUGGAUUAAACGACGACAAGCAUGGAGUUCCCGCAGCAGCAGAAACCGGCGGGGGACAGCAAGAUCACCUACCCGCCUGGAGUGAAGGAAAUCACGGAGAAAAUAAGCAACGAUGAGGUGGUGAAACGGUUAAAGAUGGUGGUGAAGACCUACAUGGACAUGGACCAGGACAGCGAGGAGGAGAAGCAGCAGUAUCUCAACCUGGCUCUCCAUCUGGCCUCCGAGUUCUUCCUGAGGAACCCCAACAAGGACGUCCGUCUCCUGGUGGCCUGCUGCCUGGCUGACAUCUUCAGGAUCUACGCCCCCGAGGCCCCCUACACCUCACACGACAAGCUGAAGGACAUCUUCCUGUUCAUCACCAGACAGCUGAAAGGACUGGAAGACACCAAGAGCCCACAGUUCAACAGAUACUUCUACCUGCUGGAGAACCUGGCGUGGGUCAAGUCGUACAACAUCUGCUUUGAGCUGGAGGACUGCAACGACAUCUUCAUACAGCUGUUCAAGACGCUCUUCUCUGUCAUCAAUAACAGUCAUAAUCAGAAAGUCCAGAUGCACAUGUUGGAUCUGAUGAGUUCUAUAAUAAUGGAGGGAGACGGAGUCACACAGGAACUACUGGACACCAUCCUGAUCAACCUGAUACCUGCUCACAAG